AUGGAGUCAACAACAGACCAUCCAUCAACUUCUGGUGUACUAGGUGGAGAAAAGGUUAUCGAUAGUGAUGAACCACAAGAUAGUCACAUUCAUAGCCAUAAUAAUGUAUCAACAACAACAACAACAACAACGACGACGACUAAAACCACAACUACAACUAUAAUGACGACAACAACAACAAUGGAAACAACUAGACAACUAAAACUACAACAAAAGCAACAACAGCUCGAACAACUACUUCCAACAUCACAACAACCUUCUAUUAUUGUUACCCAUAUUAACGACAAACAACUUGCACAGAAAAUGCAUUGGGAAAGAUUGUCGUCGAUCUUUGAAAAAGAAACAAAAUAUCCUAUCACCGAUAGAGAUCAUCAGUAUACACCAAUGGAACCUAUUGGCAAAGGGUCAUUUGGAGAGGUAUACUUGUGCUCUAAGUUCAGCGAAAACAAAGUUUGUGCCAUAAAGAAAGCGGAUUUUACCAUAAAAUCAUUAAAUGAGGUUCAAAUUCACUCCAGGUGUAACCACAAAAACAUUGUCCAAAUCAAUACAUCAUGGGUUGAACUCUCCAGAAUUACUCCUGCCCUCCAAUCAGAGGCUUCCAAUUCGAAAAUGUCAAAAACCAGUGAUUUCCAUCCAAUUGGAAGUAGUAGUCAAUCAAGUGAACACUCCAUAAGCAAUAAAGAUGAAACUAGUCAGUUAGAUGGCGGCGCUGAAGGUGGUAGUAGUAAUAAUUAUCAAGUAAACCAAACAACAGAAGACUCCAUUUUCGCCGUUAAAAAUGGAGCUAGUAAAGUCGAUGGCAGUGCUGAAAGUGGUAAUAGUAAUAAUAAUCAAGUAAACCAAACAACAGAAGACUCCAUUUUCGCCGUUAAAAAUGGAGCUAGUAAAGUCGAUGGCGGCGCUGAAGGUGGUAGUAAUAAUCAAGUAAACCAAACAACAGAAGACUCCAUUUCCCCCAUUAAAUAUGGAGUUAGUAAAGUUGAUGGUAAAGAUAUAGGUUGUAGUAAUAAUAAUAGUAAUAAUAGUAUAAAUAGUAGUAAUAGUAUUAGUAAUCCAUCAAAAGAAUCAGUUUAUAAUAUUGAAGAUGAAGCUGAUAGUAAAAAACACGUCGGCAAUGAUGAUCUGGUUGUCAAGAUCUGUGAUUUUGGUAUUUCCAGGUUGAAAAAAGUGUUGGAAGGCACCAACAAUGAGAAAGCCGGAUCGACGUAUUACUGCAGUCCUGAGCAGUACAAGGGUGGAUUCUACAAUGAAAAGACCGAUUGUUACAGUGUUGGUGUAAUCUAUUUUGAAAUACUGCUCAGAUAUUCCAAAGAUGUUCCUUGGAAUCCCCCUGACCGUGCCAACUCACAACUCGAAACUUUGAUGAAACACCGAAUCCUCAAUAAGCAGUUCAAAGAGUUCUACCCAAGAGAAUCAAAGAUAAUAGAGUGCAUGAUUGCUCCUUUCGAGGUAUUCUCUGUCGAUGUAAAAGUUUAA